CCGUUUUACGUCAUAACCAGGAUAAAGUAGAAAAAGUGGAACGAGAUUUUCCACAGUACAGAUACUUUAAUACAACCUUGCAUUUAAAAUGCCUCGUUGCGGCGGAACUGGGGAGACAAAAGAUGCCGAUGAAGAAGUGCAAAAAAUAUGCGAUGAGAUAAAGUCACAUGUCGAGGAUAAAGCUGGACGGAAUUUUGACGUUUUCAUCGCCAAAUCUUAUAGAACACAAGUUGUUGCUGGAAGGAAUUUCUUUAUCAAGGUGCAUGUAGGUGGAGACGACUUUAUACAUCUACGUGUUUAUCAAACUCUUCCCUGCUAUGGACAAAAACUAGAGCUAAACGGCCUGUUGACAUCCAAGUCUCAUCAUGAUGCUAUUGAAUAUUUCGAGCAGAACGUCUAGGAAGACACCCAGGCAUAUUUCCCACAAGGGAUUCAACAUCCAUCAUAAUUUUGACAGCGUGUGUAACCAUGAGUAAUGAAGAUUUUGUUUUUAUCUAAUGCUGCCUUAAAGAGAUCGUUCACCGAAAAAUUAUAACUCUGUCAUCAUUUUCUCAUUAUAAUGUUGUAACAAACUUUUAUAAAUUUCUUUGUUUAGAUGGAAAAGAAGGAAGAUAUUUUGAGGAAUGUUCAUAACCAAACUGAUUAUCAGCCCCAUUCACUUCCAAUGUAGGAAAAAUAAUACUGUGGACGUGAAUGGGGUUCAUGAAUGGUUGGUUUACAAACAUUCCUCAAAAUAUCUUCCUUUGUGGAAAUUAUACAGGUUUGUAACAACAUGAGGGUGAGUAAAUUAUUGCAGAAUUGUUAUUUUUGGGUGAACUAUCCCUUUAACAUGCUAUCGGUAAUUUAAUAUUUCCACUUCUAAAGGCGGGAUUACAAGCUUGUUGUCUUUAAGUGCUUUUUUGGAAAAAAACAAUGGAGGACACCAGGUUUAUACUUGCGUUGAGAAAAUGCUAUUUAAACACUAUGGGGCGGUUUCCUGGACAGGGUCUAGAUUAAUCUAGGACUAGGCAUUAGUGAUAUCAUGACAUUAGUUUUUACAAACAUUCCUUACAAAAAACAAUACUGCUAUGCAUCUUGAGGCAAAAUAAUGGCACUGAUAUUUGUUAAGCUAUGUCAGAGCAAGUUGUUUUUAAAUUAAGGCAGCCCAAAAAUGCAUUUUAGUCUGGGACUAAGAUAAGCUCUGUCCGGGAAAUUGCCCCAAUAUGCACUACUUUAAUGACAAGGCAAUGAAGCUGUUGCAAUAUAAACCAAUAAAGCAAACCUGCCAAAGCAGAAAUCCCUGAGAAUUGAGGUCCACUCAUCUCAGGAGUUUGGGUAUCAAAUAACUUCCCAGAGGUUAACACGACUUUUACCUAGGAAACUCGUAUUUACAAUUAUUCUGAUAGCAUGAGAAGGCAGCAUAAAUGUCUAGUUUACAUCAUUAACAAUUUGAAUUUAAGACGUUUAUACAUUAACAAGUAUUGCUAUUAUAUGAUGGGUUUAAGAAUAAAAGUGCAUGCAUAAAUGUUUACUUGUGACACCAUCCAUGAAAAUGCAGUGAAAUAAAAUGUAUCCAAAUAUUAACUCUA